GAUUUGCAACAUUCACCAACCAAUAGACUUUUCACUUGAAGAAAAGUUAGCAGCACAAAAUUUGUCAGAGAAAUCACAAAUGUUAACUAAACUCAAAGAAAGAGAUUUAGAUUUAAGGGAAAUAUCACAAAUUAAAUUAUUAAAGACUCUUUCAAAUCGCCGUUCCCAUAUUGAUUGUGCUUCAAUGCAAGCAGCUAGACGAAUCGCUUUUAACAAUUACUAUGAAAAAAUAUUAUCUAGACAAUGUUUAAAUUUAACUUCAUACUCGAAAGAACUAUACAAUGAAGAGGAUGAAGAUAUCACUUUAUUAAAAGAGAAAUUGAUAACUAUGGAGCAAACUUAUUCACAAAUUCAAACUGAAGCAUCAACCAAGAAGAAUUUAGGAAAAACAAGCAAAGAAAAACUCGCAAAACACCGCAAAACUGAUAAAAAGCAAAAAUUACUACAAGCAAGUGAAGACCUUUCUUUUGUAAAACCCCAAGAGACGAUUAAAUUACCGAUAAUUACUAAUAAUAAAGAGUCGGAUUUACUUCUUAAUCAAAGGACAAAUGGAUUUUUUCCAAAGGUUAUUCUACUUGAAAGUGGACGUUCAAAGUAUGGCUGGGCGCCUAAUUCUUUACUUCUUCGCAAAUAUUAUUCAGGAAUAACUCACUCAGGAGUAGAUGAUAAAAGAAAUGAGAAUGAAGUCAACUGGGCUGACGUUGAAGCAAGAUUAGCUAGGUCGGGUAUUAGCGGAUUGCAAAGGACACUAACUUCGGACUCGAGUAUAGGUUGGAUAGUGGAGUCAGACAAAGAAUUAACAAUGUUCAGUAAAGAAAUAAGUGACGGGGAUAUAACUGAUGAGAAUACAGAUAAAAAGUUGCUUGCAAGUAGAUUCCGGGAUAUAAACAACCCAAUGAAUACUUUAUUUAGUAUAUCGACGUUACAAAAUGAGAUAAGUACUGAGAUCGAACAAAGUCAAAUGUCUAUAACUGAAAAGUCAACACCAUCUUCAAAAAAACGUGAAGCACUAGCCAAAAGUGAUCUUAAGCAAUCUUAUUUGAAGGAAACAGAUUUAUUGUCUAAUUUAAUUGAAAGACAAGCACCUGGUCGUCCAAAAUAUGAACGAGAAAAUACUGUUUUCUUGACAGAAUUCAGAAAUACAGAUUCUCCAGGGAAAAUCGACAUAUUUGUACUGCCUGAGUUCUUGCAAUCCUUUAGAAAUUCUAGAUGGCUGUCUAUUAUGGGAUUACUAAAUGGUCAAGAACCUGAAGGAUGGUCUGAUUUUAAUGCAGGUUCUAACGUUGACUGCUUUAUUCAUUGGCUGUUUUGGACAAAUAUUAUACCAAAACUAUGCUUACAAGCAACUUCACCAUCUACAGAGGAUGAAGAUCCGUAUCUUUGUCAGACUAUUUCCCAAUUUUGUACAGAUUUUAAAACACUUUACACAGAUCAUCAGUUAUCUGACAAGUACAUUCCCGAAUUACAUCAUUGCCUGACAGGAUGCGUAAUAAAUGAAUUAGGAAAAACAGUAGAAUUCAAAGAAUGGAAAAUGUUGGAAGCAGUGAGCACACUUUUGAUUACACUUGGUUUCCACGAUAUUGAUACAGUGGUUAUCUUACUAGUUUUGUAUGUGAACGUUCUACUAAACACCGAGAAAAACGAUCCACAGGUCCCCGGAGAAAUUAAAAAUGCUAAUUUAACACACUAUAUUCAUCGUUCAUUACAGUCACUUGGGUUUCAAAUUAAAUAUUGCAAUUAUCUUGAAGAAGAGCUAAGUAAACUAGGAAAUAUCGAAAGAAAUGUGAAAAUCACUCCACCAAAAAAAGUUAUCCAUCUACAUGAUUGUAUUCAUUUGGUGGAGAACAUUGAAAUAUUAAACUGUUGGAUUAAAUUUUACAGAUUAUUAUCUGUGUGGCUUGAGAAUUGGUUCAGACAAAGCAGUGAAAUAGUAUCAAAGAAUAAAUCUUCCAAACUUGGAAAUCAAUUAAAAAGUAUUCUACAUACAACAAAUAAUUCAGCGACUAAAAUUAAAUCUAUAAAUAGAGAAGUGAAAUGGUCAAAAAAUACCAAUGAGUUUCGUGAAGAAUUCAUUACAAGUGAUGGUAUACAAGCUUUAAAUACAUUUGUUAAUUGGUGUCAUGAACAAAGAUUAUUGAAAUUACGUGAACAAGCUAAAGUAGAACAAUUACAUUUUGAUAAAUUGAAACAACAGCUUAAUGAAACUGAAAAAGAAACUGUCAUUCAAAUGAAAAAUGUUAACAAUGAUGAUGAUAUUCAACAGCAUAAAGUGGUUAUGCUAUUACCACCAUUGAAUGAAUUGGAAAGAUGUGUUGUACGUUUAGGUGAAUCACAUGUAACUGAAAGACGUAAAUGUUGUAAAACAAAGAAUAUUCUUCAACCAUGGAUUAAUAAUGUACAACAAACAAAACAUGGAGAUAUUAUGAAAAGUCAAAGUUUACGUGAUCCAACUCAACCUUCAUAUGCACAACCAUGGAUAUCAUAUAAAAAUGCAUUAGCAGGACAUUUCCCACCAAAAAUACACAUAAAACCAACAGAAUGUAAUAUUUUACCAUUUGAUAGACACCAACCUUUUAAAGAAACUUUAAAACAAAAGCUUUCAGAAAUUGAAACACUACAAGUGAAUGUAACUAAUUCAAAGAAACGAAAUAUUUCAAAACAUAUUAUACCUUGCGUUAUCAAUGAAAUGGAUAGUAAAGAUUUAGACAAUUAUCAUAAAUUCCUAUGUUCACUAAUUUAUGAUGAAGAGAAAAGAUCGAAUUCAGUAGUACAUUGGUUCAUACCAAUAAUGUCGUCAUGUCUACUACCUUUACCCAUGAAACAAAGGAAAUUACCUCAUAUCAAAUUACCACAUUUAUGUUUAAAGUUACCUUAUGAAAAAAUAGAACAUGAUGUUGAUGACUAUGGGGAAGAAGAACGUGAGAUGCUAACUAAAAAUUCUUUUCGUAUUUCAGAUGAUUUAUCAACUGAAUUCAUGUUAACCCCAUAG